AUGGCCAUCUAUUCAGAGGCACCCGAUCUUCGGGCCUUCCGCCAUGAUAAACCGACACUGCUUGUGUGUUGGUGGGCAACAUCAUUUUGCACAUUAAUGAUUCUACUGCGAGUUGCUGGUCGGUUUAUCAGAACGGAACGGCUAUUCAUUGAGGACAAGAUCGCGGCGUUGGCGGUGAUCCCGCUCAUUUUGCGGAUGGUUUGCGUCCAUUUCAUUUUGAUUUAUGGCACAAAUAAUGCCGAUUUCAGCGGUGUAGAGCUCACUGCUGUACAAUUACAUCAGAAGAGCGUUGCUAGUGGAUUGGUUCUGCUAAGCAGAUUCUUCUAUGCUGCAACGCUGUGGAUUCUGAAAUGCGCAAUUCUUGAGUUUCUCAAGCGCUUAACUGACCUCACCUGGGAGAAGGCUCACCACACCGCACUCAUCGCAAUCCGAUGGACAUUGUUGGUAACAUUCAUCGCCGUCAUUAUUAGUGACUUAACCGAGUGCCAACCAUUCGCACAAUAUUGGCAAGUGUUGCCUGACCCUGGUGGCCAAUGCCGACAAGGAUAUGCACAGCUGAUUGUCAUGGCCACGUGCAAUAUCUUCACCGACCUUCUACUCGUCAUAUUUCCGAUUCCCAUUAUUUUACGAAGCAACAUGGCUCCGGCAAGAAAAGUCCAGCUCGUCUUGCUGUUUUCUCUGAGUUUGUCUGUUGUUGCUGUCACCAUUUACCGAAUACCCCGAAUUAUUCAGGAACAUGGCCGACAACAAUACAGGUCACUGCUGGCCUCUGUCGAGUUAUUAUUCGCGACUGCGGCCGCCAACGCCUUGGUUCUUGGCUCCUUUGUUCGCGAUCGCGGAGUCAAGAAGCAGAAGUUCCGGCGCAAUUCUGGCGCCGACUCGUUUGAUCGCUCAAGUGGACCCCGGCGACCAACAUUACAUCGACAAUGGGGAAGCGAUGAAGAUCUUGUUAGAGAUGUUGGCUUAGGCGUCGAUCCAGAACUUAGAGGACAGCUUGAUAGUCCCGACAUUGAGCAUUUCACGCCGGCGCGAAAAGUGACGCAACAUCUCGAUGCUGACAACACUUGGCAAGGUGCCAAGCGCCGAAGCCAUACGGAGCAGAGCGACGACUCCUUACUUCCACACGACCCACUAACCAAGGUGGACUCAAGCAAAAAGGGCAUGUCAUUUUUGGAUGUUGGCGGCUUGCUGGACGACUCGGUGGCGGGCAGCAGCGGCAGUUACAGAAGAGGCAGCUAUACGUCCUCAACGCUAGAUCCCAGCUCACCGAGUACCGCUCCUCCGCCCUCAGUGCCAGCUUCCAACAACGGUCUACGUCGAGGCUCGACGGCUUUGUUACAAGAUUUGGGGGGCCUCCUUGGACCCCUCAACACCCGAGCUGCCAGGGCAAAACCCAAAGGCGGCACAGAGCUCCAACCUAUUCCGCAAUCCCACGAAGAGCAUUAUCAUCCUUCACACGGAAAGCCGUCACCGGAGCUCAUGGAUCCGGGCGGUCUUUUAAAAUGA